ACAUGGAAGGAGGACACUAGAAGCCGAUGGGUUACAAGGUCUUCUCCUCCCGCUCGCCGGCUCCUCCUCGCACCAACUCCGGCGAGCGCGGCCUCGCCGCCGGCAGCGGCGGCGGAGGGGGUGGCAUGGACCGGUGGACCGGUGUCCUCAACGUCCCGCUCUCCCGAGGUGGCCCUCCCUUCCGCGUCGCCGCCUCGCUCGUCCUUACUCCGGCCAAAACCCUCGCCGUCCCAUGCGCCAACGCGAUUCUCUUCACGGGCGACCGCGUCCGGGGCAGCGGCGACCCGGCGAUCGAGCGGCUGUCGGACGCCGCCUACCUGGCUCGGCUCCUCGCCGGGAAGCUCACCGGGGAGGCCAACGCGUGGGUGGUGGAUGCCGCCUGCUUCGCUGGUUCGUUUGCAGUUUACCGAGAUCUCGUUCCGUCCGUGGACGCCGUGGGCGACCCCGAGCGGUAUGAUCCCACUGGCUUCCCGGCGGCGGCUGGCGUUACCAUCAUUUUAGGACAUUGCAUUCGUGAGAUACAAUCUAUGGUUACGAAGGCCACAAUGAAGGGUUCAUCAGGCAAUCAAAGUCCUACUACAUCACUGUUAAAAUACUGUCCUCCGAAGACUGUCAUCCUGGGGUUCAGUAAGGGUGGAGUUGUUGUCAACCAGCUCGUGACAGAACUUGCCUGUUUGGCCUCAGAAUCAGCAAAGAUAUCAGAUGAUGUUUCAGGAUCAAGCCCACCUCUUUUAACUCGCAAUCUCCUUGUUCCUAUUUCAGCUACUGAGUUUUUGUCAAGUGCGUCUGAAUUCCAUUAUGUGGAUGUUGGCCUCAAUCAUGCUGGAGCGUACAUUACCGAUCAUGCAGUGAUUAAGGAGAUAGCAAAUUAUCUUAUGCACACUAGUAAGAAUCUCUGUUUUGUCCUUCAUGGUACUCCGAGGCAGUGGUCUGAUCCUAACCGCUCAUGGAUCCAGAUGGAGAAAGAGGUAAUGCUGCGCUUGCUUCAAGAUGAAGCUCAAAGGUGUGAAGGGAGACUUGUGUUAUCCCAAAAGAGAUAUUUUGAUGGCAAACCUCGCAGUCUGCUCAUGCAUUUUGAAAUUUUGGAAGUAAUGGACAUAGGCUGACUCUAUGUAAACGGUCUGUAGCUUUUUUACUCCCGUCAGGGAUAUGCAUAGAAUACCAGAAUGUGAAUAUAUCUGAGGGUCUUGGAUACUUUCAUCCGUGCUGACUUCACGGUAUCCCAUUCCAUAAGUUGUUUUGUGCAUGAGAAUUCUUGACAGAAUAAUCAACCACAGUUGGAUUCCUCAUAUCAAAUGAUGAUCUAUGAAAUGUCUAUAAGAUGCUUUAUCCA